CAGCCUCUCUUGGGAGAAUGAGGCAGCUUGAGGGCUGUGGCUGAGUUGCGGUUGCUGGGUGACAAGUCGGAGCCGGGACAGGUAUAAUGGCAGAAACUGCUUCUCCACUGAAUCACUUUGUGCUGGCUAAGAAGGCAAUUACAGCAAUCUUUGACCAGUUACUGGAGUUUGUUAUAGAAGGAUCACAUUUUGUUGAAGCAAUGUACAAGAAUCCAGAACUUGACCGAGUAGCUACUGAGGAUGAUCUGAUAGAAAUACAGAGGUAUAAAAAUAAGCUUUCCAUCAUUGGUGAGGUGGUGUCUCGGAGACACAUGGAAGUGGCAUUUUUUGGCAGGACAAGCAGUGGGAAGAGCUCUGUUAUUGCCAUGUUGUGGGAUAAAGUCCUCCCUAGUGGAAUUGGACAUACAACCAAUUGCUUCCUGAGUGUUGAAGAAACGGAUGGAGAUAAAGCCUGUUUCAUGACAGAAGGGUCACAUGAAAGAAAGAAUGUGAAGACAGUUAAUCAGCUGGCCCAUGCCCUUCAUAUGGACAAAGACUUGAAAGCUGGCUGUCUUGUACAUGUGUUUUGGCCAAAGGCAAAAUGUGCCCUCUUGAGAGAUGACCUGGUUUUAGUGGAUAGUCCAGGUUCAAAUGUCACUACAGAGCUGGAUAGCUGGAUUGAUAAGUUUUGCUUAGAUGCUGAUGUCUUCGUUUUGGUUGUAAACUCCAAAUCAACUCUAAUGAACACGGAAAAACAGUUUUUUCACAAGGUAAAUGAGCGACUUUCCAAGCCUAAUGUUUUUAUUCUGAAUAAUCUUUGGGAUGCCUCUGCAUCAGAGCCAGAGUAUAUGGAAGAUGUAUGCAGACAGCUUAUGGAAAGAUGCCUACAUUUCUUGGUGGAGGAGCUCAAAGUUGUGGAUCCUUUAGAAGCAUGGAAUCGUAUCUUUUUUGUUGCUGCAAAGCAAGUUCUUAGUGCUAGAAAGCACAAAGCGGGGAUGCCAGAAGGUGGUGGGGCACUUGCAGAAGGAUUUCAGGCAAGAUUACAGGAGUUUCAGAAUUUUGAACAAAUCUUUGAGGAGUAUAUCUCGCAGUCAGCAGUGAAAACAAAGUUUGAACAGCACACUAUCAGAGCUAAACAGAUACUAGAACUGAAAAACAUAAUGGAUUCAAUAAACAUGUCAGCAGCAGAGAAAAGGGUUUAUUCAGUAGAAGAGAGGGAAGACCAAAUUGAUAGACUGGACUUUCUCCGAAACCAGAUGAACCUUUUAAUACUGGAUGUUAAGAAAAUAAUCAGGGAGGUUUCAGAGGAGGUUGCAAAUAAGGUUUCAUGUGCAAUGACAGAUGAAAUUGUUGACUCCGUUUUUGUUGAUGAAUUUUGUUCUGAGUUUCAUCCUACUCCAAGUGUAUUGAAAGUAUAUAAAAAUGAGAUAAAUAAGCACAUAGAAGAUGGAAUGGGAAGAAAUUUGGCUGGUCAGUGCACCAAUGAAUUCAAUGCUUCAAUGCUUCAAUCCCAGCAAGAAAUUAUUGAAAAUUUGAAGCCAUUACUUCCAGCUGGUAUGCAGAAUAAACUACAUACACUGAUUCCUUGCAAGAAAUUUGAUCUCAGCUGUGACCUAAAUUGCCACAAGUUAUGUUCAGAUUUUCAAGAGGAUGUUGUAUUUCAUUUUUCCUUGGGCUAGUCUUCCCUUGUCCAUCGUUUCUUGGGCCCUACAGAUGCUCAGCGGGUGCUUCUAGGAUUAUCAGAGCCUAUCUUUCAGCUUCCUAGAUCUUUAGCUUCUACUCCCACUGCUCCUACCAAUCCAGCGUCACAGGAAGAGCUCAUUGUUACCUUAAUAACAGCAUUAGCUUCUCUUACAUCUAGAACUUCUGUGGGCAUCAUUGUUGUUGGAGGAGUGAUUUGGAAAACUGUAGGCUGGAAACUCAUAUCUGUUUCAUUAAGUAUGUAUGGAGCUUUGUAUCUUUAUGAAAGGCUGACUUGGGCCACCCGUGCCAAGGAGAGAGCCUUUAAACAGCAGUUUCUGAAUUAUGAAACUGAAAAACUGCAAAUGAUUGUUAGCUUCACAAGCGCCAACUGCAGCCAUCAAGUACAACAGGAAAUGGCAACCACUUUUGCUCGCCUGUGCCAACAAGUUGAUACUACACAAAGACAUCUAGAAGAGGAAAUUUCUAGAUUAUCCAAAGAAAUAGAUCAAUUGGAGAAAAUAUAAAACAAUUCAAAGCGCUUAAGAAAUAAAGCUGUUCAACUUGAAAACAAGCAGGAGAAUUUUACUAAGCAGUUUCUACGUUCAAGCAGUGAAGAAGAAUCUUAACAAUAGAGAUUACUUUGGUGAUCAUGAUAGGAGAAAAUGGAACUUGGAAGAUUGGGACAGUUAUUUUUAUGAAGUGACUUUAAAUAUGAAUUCUACUAACUAUACCUAAAUAGCAAAUCCUUGAGUAGAUCCUGGUAUUGAUCUAUCUCAGGGUGUUUGCAUUUCUGAAAAGUGUUGUGAUGUCUCUUUUAGUUUUAAUUUUGGGUAAAGAAAAAUCCUUUGAUACGAGAAAAUGAUGAAUUAGUUUAAAGCAAAAGAACCAACUCUGUGACCCCUGAGGGGUGAGGCCUUUCUCUUAAUUAGGGCUCUCUUUGUUUUUGAUUCUGAAAAACUCUGCUUCCUGGCAUCCAGGAGUUAGAGAAUGCUCCUUUCGUCUUCUUUCUCAAAACGAAUUUUUGAUGCCUACUUCAACGGGAAUAGUCACAUUUUUGUUUUGUAAACUGCAUUGCUCUAACCACAA